AUUUUUUUUGCCAGUGGCUUGUCCGCUCAAAAAGAUAAAGAGACAGAAGCACUGCUAUGAGAAUUGGCCUUCACUCAAUCUUCUUCACACGUUCCAGCCGAUCGAAAGUGUUGAGAGCACCCAUCGGCGAGUAUUGUCGAGGUCAACACUGACUAUCUGUGGCCCAUCCAAGUUCAACUCGUCCGUUCACCGAUCCCGCCCUGAUUAAACGAAUAUCACUCUUUGACGCUUUCACUUUCAAACCUCCAUAAUUUAAAAAUAGCAACCAUGAGCGCCGCCGUGCAGAAGAGAGCCUCCACCAACACUGUUGCUGCAACCACAUACUUCAAGCCUGCCCCGUCCGAGAUUGCGUGGGGAAAGAUGCGCUUCCUCAUCACCGACCGUCCGAACAACUCUUCCAUCCAGUCUUACAUUGAAGAACUUGAGAAGCACGGAGCCCGAGCGGUCGUGCGAGUCUGUGAGCCAACCUAUGAUACGUUGGCUCUCAAGGAAGCUGGCAUUGAUGUUCUCGAUUGGCAAUUCUCCGACGGAUCACCACCACCACCAGAGGUGAUUAAAAGCUGGUUCCAACUUUGCAUGACAUCAUUCAAAGAACAUCCGGAUAAGAGCAUCGCCGUCCACUGUGUUGCAGGGCUCGGCAGAGCACCAGUACUAGUAGCAAUUGCACUAAUCGAAGCUGGCAUGAAAUACGAAGAUGCUGUUGAAAUGAUUAGAACGCAACGACGAGGAGCUCUCAACCAAAAACAGCUCAAGUUCCUCGAGACAUACAAAGCAAACGGGGAACUCCGUAGGCUACGUGGCAAUGUCGACGGAAAACAAAAGUCGUGCUGCAUCCAAUAAUUUCAUGGUGCAUCCAAAAUCAAAACCUUCAAUUUUGUCAUAACAAGAAAUUCAAUUCAGCAACGCUAGUAUCAUUUUAUAUCCUAAGUUCACCAUCUCUGUUGCACCAUACCUCUGACUUUCUCCCUUGUGAACAACGAUCCUUUCUUGUCCGCUGCACCUAAAGCUAAUACGCUUUCAAUUUCUUUUAUUUCCUUUUAUUUUCAUAUUUUCCUAUCCCAUCAAUUAAGUGAGUUUUUUUUUAGUAAUCUCAAAUUUACAAUAAUUCUCACAAAAGCCUCAACACAUUUGUGAUAUUGAUAAUGUUUCGAAAUACCUGUUGAUUCGAACAUUACCAAUCGCUUUUACCAUUUCCUUGAUACCAUCUUUUAUCCACCUAUCCACUUUCGCCUCGUAAUCUACUCGUUUUCUAUGAAAUAUGAAUGUGAUUCAUUAGUUUGACAACAAUUAUUUCUCUGCUCAUGAGCGCGUUCUGAACUCAUUCAAUUUUCAACUCAACCUAUAUCCAUACCAAUUUCCUAUUGUCUCACCUAUCUUUUCUGUCAUCCGGUUUUCCUUUCCCACUUUCAUAAAUAAAAAAUAACGGAACUCACUUCUAAAUUUAGCAAGAAAUUUUAAUUGUGUGUGGGCUGGGCGAUUGUCAUCGCUGAUAAGAAAGUUCAGCUCGACACAAACUUGCACAAAUUCAUUAUUUCCAUGAAAAUGAAAUGCGGUAAUUAA